AGUGCAAAUAAAGACGGGAGACACUCAGUAUCUUUCAUCGUCUCGUUUCUUAACCUGACUGACAUGGCGUUCCUGCGUAGCCGCUUGGAGCCUGUGGUGUUUUGCGCACAGGUCGCCAGCUCGUUUUUCGACACCGGCCUCCAGAUGAUUGUAAAGCAACGUUACGAGAACAACACACACACUGCAGCCGGAGGACACAACGAACAGAAGUCCAUCGCAUACUUUUACAUGAUCUUUAACAUCUUAACCAAGGUGGUGGCCAUCAUCCCGGCGUUCCUGCUGGCGCGAAUCGGAGACAAGGGCUACAGGAAGGUUCCUGUAGUAGUGCCUCUGAUCGGUUACUUCAUUUCACGCGGGCUGCUCUUGUUUGUCAUAGCUUUUGACUGGACAAUAGAAGUGAUGUACGCGAGUCCCAUAGUGAACGGUCUCUGCGGCGGCUUCUCGUCCUACUGGCCCGGUGUGAUCGCGCUGGUGUCCCUGAGCACGAGUGAGGAGGACCGGUCUCUGCGCAUCAUGUGCAUAGAGCUCACGUACGGUCUAGCAGGCUUCCUGGGGAGUCUCGCAUCAGGUCACCUGUUCCAGCUCUAUGCGCUGGAACACAGACAAGGAGUUGUGCUUGCGUGCGCAAGCGUGGUGCUGUACUUUAUGUGCCUCGGGUAUGCGGCGUGUAUCUUUCAAGUCAACACCCGCAGGCCGCCUGUGGAAUUAGAUGAGAGGCGAGAGAGUGACAGGGUCGGGAUCCUGAGCUCCAUUAAGUCCAACGUCGCGCUCUUGUUCGGCGCCGGGAUCUUGUACGACAUGGCGGUAGCGGGUGGUGUAGAGAUCCUGAACGUGUACGUGCUAGUGGAGCCGUUGAGCUGGACUGCGACGCAAGUUGGCUACGGAAACGCCGCCGGCUCGGUCAUUUUUAUCACUAGUUUCAUCGGCGUGAAGCUGUUCACACGGUGCUCUCUGAGUGACACAACCAUGAUCCUGAUAGGCAUGUUCUCCUUCCUCACAGGGAUCUACUUCAUGACCUUCGUUACAACCACCGCCACGUAUUACAUAGCUCGUGCUCUCACUUUGUUUGCACUCAUCCCUAUGCCCAUCAUUCGCUCGCUGCUGUCCAAGCAGAUCCGAGGAUCAUCGUAUGGAAGGACUUUUACAGGGCUUCAGCUGUCCUUCCAAUUGGCUGGUUUAGCUACAUCACCUAUCUUCACCAAGGUCUACCAAUCCACACUACAAACCCUACCAGGAUUUGUCUUCACCCUAUCGAGUAUCAUCACGCUCCUCGCCAUGAUUCCCAUCAGCAUUGUCGGCUGUCGUACUGCAAGACAGGAAGGCUAUGAGAGACUUUAAGGGAAUUUAAACUUCGUACAGGGCAAGUCCAGGGUUCAAAUUACGGUAUGUGCAGUUUCACCGGUGCUACCAUGUUGCUCUGGGUUCUCAGGUUUACUCAAGCCGUUUAAAGACAUACUAGUAGAUGGAAUCACUAGGAUAAAUUGCCCCUUGGUGUGAGCGUGCAUAUAUGGUGCCCUAUGAUGGAAUGGUAUCAUAUCCUAUGUAUAUUCGCACCUCUGAAUCCAUCCAACCAGGCAGAAUGAAGCAGUUAUUGAAGAUGCAUAACUAAAUGAUUAAUAAAUGAAUGAACCUUUAGGCAUGAUACAUUUCCAAACAACAGUGUUUUAAUUACCAAAAAUUGUUUACUGGAAUUUUGUCAUUAUUUCACUUCACUGGUACUUUUUGGUGUGUAUGUUUCUUUUAUAUGUUUUUGCAUUUCUUAGUUGUGUGUUAGUGUUAUUUUAUUUGAGACUACUUUUGUAUGAAAAGGCAUAAUAAUGAUCAUGCCUUUGAUUAGUGUGUUUUUUGUUUUUUUUUUAUUGGCCAUUUGCACCUUCUAGUCACUAUUUUUGUAUUCUGGACAAAAGACAACUCUGUAGUCCAAAAGGAGUUUGAUGGUUGUUUUGUUCUUUGAUAAAGUGCCUUCAUUUGUUUUUUAGCAUAUAGCUUACAUUGUGUCAUUUAUAU